UCAAAAAAUUUUCUUUUUUGACGUAACUGUAACUACUGUAACUAUUCUAGAUCUAGAUUAUUUAAUAGAUCUAGAUCUACAGUAGAUUCUUAUAUCUGAAUACCGACUUUCGGGAACUUGAUCUAGGCCUAGGUCAAAUUUGUAUUAAAUUGUUUUUUAUUUGGUAAGAAAUGUCAUGGAAAGUGAAAAAAGGUGAUAAUGAAGGGUCAGGCAGCAAGAAGAGAAAAUUGGAUGCAGUGGGUGCUGAUAAUGAUUGGGAUGAUGACAUAGGCUUUACUCAAGAUGAACUAGAAAAAAUUGAUGUCAUUGCAUCGCAAGCUAUCCUUCAGUCUCAAUCAUAUAACACAGAAGGGACUGCCAUUGCACCUCCUCUCAACCCAUUUGCAAGUUCCACCACAACAAGUAGGAACUCAAGUUCAUCAGCUUUAAAAGAAUCUCAGCUUCUUCUCACUAGCAGUUCUAGAUCUAAUAAUGACAGAAUAAGUUCAAAUGGCCGCACUUCUCAGACUAAACUAGAACAAGAGAUUCAAAGAACUAAAGAUGAAAGGGAUCGUUACAUUGGGGAAGUGAGAUACCUGAAGGAUAUAACACGCAGCCAAGAGGUGGAGCUGGAAAAGUUGAGGGCACAGCUUGAGGAUAUGAAAGAGGCACAGAAGUUAGCUCAGAUGAGUAAAAUACAAAACUUGGAGAGUGAAGUGGAAAGAGUGACCUUUGAAAAACAGUUCAAGGAUAGAGAAAUUGAAGAAUUGCAACGACAGCUACAGUCAGUUCAACAAAAGCUGCGACGCCUGGAGGCUCAGCAUCAGAAAAGUCAACAGUAUAAAACUAGCAGCUCAUCUGUCCAUGAAACUACAAAGUCUCCAGAAAAAGCAAGUCCUAAGAAGGUAGCUGUACAACCAUCCCCACCCAGCAAGAAGAAUCAGAAAUUGUUGGAGAACCUCCCACUGUCACAGCAAGCUAAUUUCCCAACAUAUUAUUCUUUUAUUAAUCAGAGUUCGUCACAAAGUAUUGUUAACAAAACUGAACCUGUUACACAUUCGCCUGUGAAAGUCCAUGUAUGUGACAGUGACCCAUCAAGGAAACUUACUACAAAAAAAAUAGAACUUAAAAUUGGUCCUUUGCAAGAUCAAGGUCAGAAGAUAGCCACACAUCUUUUACAAACAUCUCAGAUGCCCAGUGAUCAGAAAGGUGAUUUGAAAAGUCAGAUUUGGGAUCCUGGACUGAUACAUCUCCUCAGCGAUGCAACAGUGGCACCUUUGGCACCCUUAACGAGUCUGGCUAUCAGUAAUAGAAAAGAAGAUGGUCAUAUAUCCACACCAAAACUACCCAGUAAACAGGUGAACAAGAAGAGCCUUGAGUCUCUACCACAGAUAGUAACCAGGGAACAUUAUAGAUUAGCUGUUGAUGGAUUGCUGUUCUUGUUAAAUGACCAGAGGAGUGAAAGUUAUUUGAAAGACCUUAACACAACAUGUAGUGGCUCUAUAAGAAAUUCUACCUUAGGAGAAACAAGCCCAGAAAGGCAGUUAUUUAAAAUCCACCCUGAACAGCAGGCUGAUGAGGCAGUGUAUAAAUUUAUGAACUUAACUCUUGAUGCAUUCAUGAAAGAACUGAGCCCCACCUGUCAAGCCUUAACCAAUUUAUUACCAAUGUUAUUUGAUUAUAUUGAACAUUAUGUGAAACUUGUAGAAAAAGAAGGUCUUGUUCUGUUCAGGAGUCUUUCUUCUUUGUCUAGCUCCACUUUGUCCACUCCAUCCAGCAUUGAAACAAAAAGUAGUUCAUCACUGUUAUUAGACACCACAGGCUCAUUGGCCAGUUGCCUUAUUCAUUUGCUACAGGGAGAGAAUGGGCACUGUGCCACUGGCAUUGAAUGCCUGACCAUCUCCUCAAUUCGGAUUCUUAUGUUAAUACUGCGAUUCUGCCCUGAGGUUGGUCAGGUUAUUUUCAAACAUACUUUCCCUUCUAGAAAUUUUCGUCCAUCUAAAGAACUAGAAGAGGAUCAAAUGAAGAAAUCAUCUUCAAGUGGCAAUGCAGAUGAUGAACUUAGCAUCACAUCCACUGAGACACAGAUCAUACUUGAUCUUCGCAGCCCAGUAAGCAGGCAUGGCCAAACAAAUUUCCAGUUCUAUUCUGUUAUAAAGAUAGCUAGACAAGACUUAGAGACUGAAUCGACUAAUCCAUUGAUUGUGAAUGAGGCUGUCAAGUGUCUCUAUACUCUAUUACAAUGUGUGCCAAAACAGCUUCUUUAUAAGCUAGAGACUUUGCUGCCACUUCAAUUUCUAAGUGCCUACUUCAAACAAACUAAAGCUAUUUCUAUUCAUUUGUCAGCUUUGAAGCUGUUGGCGUCAUUAGCCAGAUGUGAGAAACUUCUAGAAAAGUUAUGUUCCAAGUCUGAUAACUGUCCCCUGUUCCUAGUACACAGAUUGUGUUCUCACACUAAUCCUGAGGCACUUCUCUCUGAAAAGAUUGCUUUCUAUCAAGAAUAUAUAUCAUGCAUAUUGGAACUCUUGUCUCAUCCUCUGGGCCUCAAACUAUUGCUGACCAAUAAGUGUCCCUGUACAGAGGAGUUAGUGGUUGCAGUAAUUAGAGCUUUGAACCAAGUGCUGUGUUUUUACAAGGAUGCCAGGAGAACUUCUGAUUCUACCCAACACCUGCUUGAGACACUAGUCCAUGGUGUUCAUCUGCUGCAUGCCUUGGCGCAAGGAGACAUCAUCUUUGUUCAGCACUCUGCCCCCGUCCAGACUAUUUAUAUCAGGCUAGUGAUAAAACUAGAGAGACUGUUUCGAUCUCUCCCUAAGGAUUACGAGUUAGUUUUGUUAGCAUUGGAAGACUUAAGUGACUUUGAUUCAGAGACUGCAGAGGCUUCACAAGAUAUGGAGACAGAUGAGAGAUGAUGACAAAUCAUUCAGUGUUGCCUGUACAUAAAGUUUGCAUGUUGUUUUUGUAGUAUGUGGUUACAUUAACUACAUAUUGAAAGCAUGUGUAAAUAUUUUUUAUAAGAAUCAUGUGGAUGAAAUCUCGUUUGAAAAUCUGGAUGUUAUUUUGUUGUGUUUUAAUGGCAAAACAAAUGUUUUUAUUUACAUAUUUUGCAUAUUGACACACUUGUUCAUUGAAAGAUCUAGUCUGUAACAUCUUUCUCCUUUUAUUAAAAAAAAACUGUGUUUUUGUUCAAGAAAUGAUAGACUUCCAAUGAUUAGCUUGAGAAAGAAAGAUAAUUAUUCCCUAAAUAUUCCUAUUAUUUUAUUUAUCUCCAUCUCUAGGCUUCCACUAGGCUCUAGUCACUUCCAUUUUUCAAAUCUUUUCCUUUGUCUUACAUUUUCUUGACAUGUUCUACUUCUAGCUUAUAAAAAUGUGUAUCAAUUAAUUGAUAUUAGCUGAUAAGGUAAAAAACAACAAAAAAACAAUAUCACACUGACUUUGACAGAAGCUUUAAGGUAAUGUAAGAUUUAGAUUUCAUUAGAAAAAGUUUUAUGGUAUAGUCGCUUCAUAAAUGAUUUUAAUAAAUGCCUGAUCACGUGAUUGAAUAUCUAAUGGAAACAAAGUUAUACUAUUGAACAAAAGUACUAUUAAUUAUACGUUUUUGUGAAAAUAAACCAAGUACAUCACAAUGACAAGAGAGAAUCAAACAGAGGGACAAAAUAUCAAAAUCAAAGACCACGAAUUUGAAAACGUCCAAACUUUCAAAUAUUUAGGAAGUACUAUUAAUUUCAAAAAUGACCUACUAACAGAAAUAAAGGAAAGAAUAGCAGCAGGCAACAGGGCAUUUUAUAGCACCCACCAUUUACUUAAGAGCAAAACGAUUUCAAGGAAAACCAAGAAAAUAAUAUACAAAACCAUAAGACCAGCAGCAAUGUCUGGAAGUGAGACCUGGACACUGACAAAGACAUCUGAAAAUUUACUUAACACUUGGGAAAGAAAAAUUCUUAGGAAAAUCUAUGGUGCCAUACAGGAUGAAACAGGCUGGAGGACACGCACUAACCAUUAGUUAUAUCAAUUAUAUGAAGACCCACCAAUAGUGAACGAAAUAAAAAAGAACAGACUAUGUUGGGCAGGUCACCUUGAAAGAAUGUCAGGCGAAAAUCGUAUACAGGCGAAAACCAAAAGGCAGGCGACCCAAAGGCAGACCCCGAAUGCGAUGGAUAGAUGACGUGGAAGCAGAUCUGAAGCAGCUUGGGGUUAGGGCGUGGAGACGAAAGGCCCAGGAGAGAUCUGAAUGGAAGGAUGUGUUAAAGCAGGCCAGAGCCCUCCAUGGGCUGUAGCGCCACUGGGAUGGAUGGAUGGAUGUAAAAAUAUUAUUUUAAUACUGCCUUCUAUCAUGUAUGUGUUCAUUUUUUUAAUUUUUAUAUUUCUACAGAACAAACAUUUUUAUACCCAACCAGUCACAUUUCAUUCUGUAUGACUUGUUCUUUGCUGUCUUUGCAUUAAUAGGAAAAAUUGUUAAAAGAAAAAAAUGAAAGCAAAAUUGAUUGCCUCUUUAUCUAAAAAAAACAAUCACUAUGAGAAUAAUUCCCAUACUGUUUUAACUAAUGAGAGCAGUGUAGAAUGUUUUAUUAGUAAAUACUAAUACAUGCUGUAUAAUUAAAACAACAACAUUGUACUAAAACAUAGCUUUUAGCAAGAGGUUAAGAUAUGCAACCAGUUGUAAGCUGACCAUAUACCCUCAUAAAUUGUUGGAAUAAAUGAAGUCAAUACAAAUGUUUUGUAUGAUUUGAUAUUGAAUUUUAUUAGCAAUCUUGUUUGUCUUAUUUCAUCUUGUUGAUAAUUUAAGAAGAUGAAUUUGAAACUAUUAAGCCAGAAAAUAAAUUAUUCCGUUUUAUACACAU